GGCAAAAUCAAUCGCCGGCCGCCAUUAAAAUCAUCAUCCUCCAAGCUGAUUUCAUACUCAAGUUAUCCCAAAUUCUUCAUAUUUAUUGCUUCUAUCAUCAUCUACCCUUGCUUUUUCAAUUCAAUUUUCCACGUCUCCACUUCCUCAUCAAUUUAAUUCAAUUCAAUUUCAAUUAGGGCUUCUCAUGUUUAUCAGAUGAUGUUUUCCAAUCGAUACAGACAUAUAAGUAGAUCGAAGAACGGAUUAAGAGAAGUGGGAAGCAAUGAACAAGAUAGAAAGAGCGCAUCAGAUGUACAGGGAUGGUAAGUACGAAGAAGCCCUAGGGUUUUAUACGGAAGCUCUUUCUAUAGCUAAGACUAACCCACAAAAGAUCGCACUCCAUAGCAAUCGAGCCGCCUGUUUUCUCAAACUCCACCAUUUCAAAAAGGCAGCAGAGGAAUGUACUUCAGUUCUCGAGCUUGAUCAUGAGCAUACGGGUGCUUUGAUGUUGCGGGCUCAAACACUGGUUACGCUCAAGGAGUACCACUCUGCAUUAUUUGAUGUAAACCGGCUCAUUGAGUUGAAUCCUUCGUCAGAAGUGUAUCAAAAUCUCGAAGCCCGUUUAAAGACACAAUUGUCUCUUGCUCCAAUACCCGAGGCCGAAGCCGAGCUAGAAGAAGAAGAUGAUGAGGAAGAUGAACAAUGUGCUUCAGUAGGAGUAGCUGGAAAUGAUAGCCACGACAUAGCAGGACCUGCGCCCAAGACUGAGGUGAGCAACCCGCAAAAAAGCGUAGUAAAUACCGUCUCUACCCCUCAAACACAAAGCCUAAUCAAGGAGGAAAUUCCGAAGCCGAAAGGGCAUUCUCGUCUCGAUUACUCGAGGUGGGACAAGGUUGAAGAUGAUAGCAGUGAAGAUGAUGAAGACGAUGAUGAAGAUUCUCAACCGCAGUAUCGGUUUCGUGUAAAGAAUAUCGGUGUAAGGUCGGUAAAGUAAAAGUAUAAAAGCAUAGUAUAUUUACUAUUAUACCCCUGGCCAUCAACCCUUUUCAUAUGGUGAAAUGGAGGAUGAAGGUGAGAUUAUAUCUUGUAGUCUUGUACAGUUUGAUUGGUGAGCAGCAUAAAUGAUGAAAUUCUUCAUGAAUUCAGCUUUGGUGGUAAACUGCUGUUAUGUUGAUUUUUUGACAUUCAUUUGUGAAUAAAGUUGUAUGCAUUCCUAUAA